GGGCAUCGGUUGGAUGGCCAGUGUCGUUUCUGGACAUCUCUGAGGACAUUUGACUUACCAUUCGACAUCAUCAUGAAAGUUGCAGUCGCUCUAUUGGCCUUGGCCACGGUGGCGUCGGCCACAGUGGUCACAAAACCUGUUGCCCCCACCAAGCCAAAGGUGUCAACCAGUGUCAAGCCAUUUGUCACCUACAAGAAGGCUGUUGUCACCAAGAAGGUUCCGACUGUCAACUACAAGCAGGUGGUAAGGUACGUCCCCAGGGUGGACGUCGUCCCAGUUCACGGUCACAGGCUCGUUCAGAACACCGUCAAUGUCCCUGUCAGAGGAUACCAUCUUCAACAGACCGUUAUUGGCGCUGGUCCAUACGGCGGUUAUGGCGGUGGCUACGGCACUGGGUAUGGUGGUGUUGGCGGCGGUUACGGCGGCGGCUACGGCGGCUACGGCGGCUACGGCGGCGGCUACGGCGGCGGCUACGGCGGCGGCUACAGCGGACUCGGCGGUUAUGGCGGUGGAUACGGCACUGGCUACGGCGGAUAUGGUUUCGGCAACGGUUUCGACUUCAUGAGAGGUUUCAUCGGCAACAGAAUGAGCUUUGGUUUGGGACCUGCCGGAUACGGUGCCGGUCUGGGAGCUGGUUACGGCACCCUUGGUGCUGGUUACGGCGCUGCCGGUUACGGUGGUGUCGGUUACGGUGUUGGCGGCGUUAAAGACCUCGGCGUUGGCUACGGCUCCUCAGGAGGCUACGUCGACGGUGGCUACGGCACAUCUGGUGUUAUCAACGGUGGAUACGUCGAUGGCGGAUAUGGCACCGCUGGCGUUGUGAAGAACGCCGGUGGCUACGGCACAGUUGGAGUGGUUGAUGGCGGAUAUGGAGGCGUUGUUAAUGGCGGUUAUGGCUCUGUCGGCACCCUUGGUACUGUUGGCACUGCCAAAAAGGUUUAAAUAAAGCUUUCACUGUUUGUCUUCAACCAGAGAAUCGCACAAAAGGUAUCGCUUUAAUCCCAACUGGGGGAAAAAUAGCAUCUUAUGAAUAUGAUGCUGUCAUUGAUAUCAUCAUCCAUUUGUGGACGCCUCAUAAGCUUUAAAUAACGUUCAUAGACUUGAACAAAAGACUGGAAAACAGAAAAAAAAGACCAACUAAGUGUUGACACGAAAAUUUGACAUUUUCGCAUUUAAUAUUUCUAGACGCCUGAGGUCCUAGCGACUGAAAGAAAAGUAUCAUUUGUACGUUUUGUAACCACCAAAUGCUAACACAAUACCAUGGGCAUGUAACCAAUGCUUUUGAUGAAAUAAACAUUUGUUUUCAA